AGGAGUCUUUCUCCGCCUGUUAUCUGAGUGACUCGGGGUUUUGGAGUCUGCUCUGAGUGUGUGCGUGUGUCAGUGUGUGGAUGUUGGAGGCAGACAACGCUAGAGAGAGAGACAGAAAGGGAGGGAGAGGCAAGCAGCGUUUCUUCUCCCCCGUCUCCCUGCUCCUUGUCACUCCAUCCUUCCUCCCCUCUCCUGGACCACCCUACAGCCCCACUUUGAGCCGGACCAAGCCCCCCCACCACCCAGAACCGCCCCGGGACCCUUUGACUCUCCUCACUUCUCCGUCCCACAACCUCUGAGCAGGGUUUCCUCUCCAGCCCUUCGUCCCCUGGCUGGUGUGUGUGGUCUCAUCUGCACAGCCAAAGCCUCUGGCUCCAAGCUCCACAGCUCCCUCCAUCUGAAUCCCAUUGUGGCCAAGUGUCUACCAGACGUCUGCUGGAGGACUGCCAGCCACAGGUCACAUGACCUGGAAGAAAAAACCUGGAAGACUCCUGGGAACCCUUUUUGCAUGGGCUGGCUGUCAACCUGAGGGGACGUCCAAAGGCUCAAAGGCUAAACAGGGAGACACCUCACGACUGGUGCCCUGUGUGACCUGGGAUCACAACAUCUAGUACGUUACUGGUUACUGGCUGCAUCAACGCCCUGCUCCUACAUUUGAGGACGUCCCGUUCUCGCCUCCGCCAGCAUGGAGCCCACCAAACUCCAGUCAGAGGGCGGCCUCAACGUCACGCUCACCAUCCGCCUCCUCAUGCACGGAAAGGAAGUUGGAAGCAUCAUUGGAAAGAAAGGAGAAACCGUCAAAAAGAUGCGAGAAGAGAGCGGCGCACGGAUCAAUAUUUCCGAGGGCAACUGUCCAGAGAGGAUCGUCACCAUCACUGGACCCACAGACACCAUCUUCAAGGCGUUUGCAAUGAUUGCCUACAAGUUUGAGGAGGACAUAAUCAAUUCCAUGAGCAACAGCCCAGCAACCAGCAAGCCCCCUGUCACCCUGAGGCUUGUGGUGCCAGCCAGCCAGUGUGGCUCCCUCAUAGGAAAAGGAGGCUCCAAAAUAAAGGAGAUGAGAGAGUCCACAGGGGCCCAGGUCCAAGUGGCCGGGGACAUGCUGCCCAACUCCACCGAACGCGCAGUGACAAUCUCUGGGACCCCAGAAGCCAUCAUCCAGUGUGUCAAACAAAUCUGUGUGGUGAUGCUGGAGUCCCCUCCAAAAGGUGCCACCAUCCCCUACCGCCCUAAGCCCGCCUCCACCCCGGUGAUUUUUUCUGGUGGCCAGGCCUACACGAUUCAGGGACAGUAUGCCAUCCCACACCCAGAUCAGUUGACCAAGCUCCACCAGUUGGCUAUGCAGCAAACCCCCUUUACCCCCCUUGGACAGACCACCCCUGCUUUCCCUGGUCUGGAUGCCAGUCCACCAGCCAGCACCCACGAACUCAGCAUUCCUAAUGAUCUAAUAGGCUGCAUUAUUGGACGCCAGGGAACCAAAAUAAAUGAGAUUCGACAGAUGUCUGGGGCACAGAUCAAAAUUGCGAACGCCAUGGAGGGCUCAUCAGAGCGCCAGAUCACCAUCACAGGGACGCCCGCUAACAUCAGCCUGGCUCAGUAUCUCAUCAAUGCCAGGUUCAGGGACGUGGCUGCCAUGUGGAAUGACCCGGCAUCCAUGACAGCAUCCUGAAGUCCUGACCUGUCUCAUCCCUCUUAUAGUCUCUUGGCUCUGCAUCACACUUUAGCAUCGUCACAAAACAGAUGACAGAGAGUAAUUAGAGUCAUCAGUGUUUAGCUUCCUUAAACCUACUUGUCCAACAGAACCGGCUCCCCACACUCUGCUCCAGUCGGCAGCUUGUGUUUUGUCUGCAUGACAUUUGUCCGUCAGUAUUUUUACAUGUGGUUUGUACUGUGUCUGGUGAUACAGACAGAGGUGAGGGAGGCUUUGAUGAGAGAGUGGAGCUGCUGCUUUAGACUUGUUCUGUUUAUGGUGCCACUGCUACUUUAGAAGGCUUUGCCUCUCACACCCCCUGGACUGAAAUCAUGUCGCCCACUGAGAAACAUUGUUCAAGUAAUACAACGUGAUGAUUUCUAUGUGAACACGGCACCAUCAUUUUAUGCUUUUAGUCUGCUGCAUGGCUUCAUCAGAGGAAUUCUGCUCCAAGCCAAGGCUUCUCUUUUACGUUGUUUUCUCUGUCUGUCUCCUCCUCCUCCUCCUCCUCCUCCUCCUCUUCCUCUUCCUCCCCUGUCUUCCCUGCUCUAGGCUGACGUCUGAGGUCACUGGAAUGGGCUCACUCUAAUUUCAACCCAUCUUUCCGCAAUGCAUCACAUGACUCCUCAGCAUACAGUAUGGCAUUGCAUUACCGGUGUUUGUGGUGAUCACAUUAGUUCUUUACGCCUACAGUACAGCUUCUGGAACUGCUGCUUCUCGUUCUACUUUUUGACACUCUAGUACUUCUCAUUGCAUCUCAUUCACUGUGCUGCUUGAUUUUGACCUCAUGCUAGAACACGUUGCUGUACUUUUAUUCUUCAGGCGCCUGAACAUAAACCUAAAGCCUGGUACAAGCGGGUGACCGUCUAACAUUGAGAUUUAGACAGUGACAGACAUGCAUCAACACAAAGCUUCAGUGGAAAAGUAUCAGCAGAUGUUUGGCUUCAGUCAUUUUACAUUGGUUUCAGGAUGAUGAGACACGUGUUCGGCUGUGUGUGUGAUCAGCUGCAGACGGACAAAACCAGUGAAUCAGGAAGAGCUGAGACAGUCUGUAAAUCAGGAGGAUUGAAAUGACCUUUAAAAAAUAACAGUCUCACAAGAGAGCUGACAACAAUGUGUGAUGGCUGAGGCAAAUGAGUAAAGCCUGUUUGAGCGACUCAUUCAUGCUGCAUCUCAUAGCAACGGCUGGUGACAGGCUGGUCUGGGGUCUGGCCAUAUGCCUGCACUCAGGUGGAGCUCAUCGAAGGUUUUCUAGGGGCAGACGAGCUCCUGGGAAACAAGACUGCUGUUAUCCGCUUUCCUCCCAGAUGCUUGUUAUAGUCCAGACAACAAGGCAUUUCCAAUACAGGACAUUGUGAAGCAAUGAGAGUAAGCAUCUUAAUGUGCGAUGCACAACACCAUGAAGAGCAAUGACGAGGAAGCUCAAUGUACAUAUACAGUACACAUGCAUGAGUCACACUGUCCCAGCCUGGAGGUUUAUCUUUACUUAGAACAGGAUGGUCGGGUGUUAAGAGAUGAACAAUUGUAGAGUAGAAGACGGGAAAUAUUUAAGAUAUAAAAGAUUCUAAAUUGAAAUGCAGAUGUUAUGUGAUUAUUUGAUCUAAAACUCAGUUUGAAAGUAGCUAAUACUCUAUACUGUUAAUACACUAUACUGGUUGGGAUAUUUUACACUAAUGCACAGACAUGACAGACUGUUUACAGGUGUUUACAGGUACAAUACUUACAGGCUGGUUUCAGUCAUCGCAUCAGAUUCCAGAAUAUCUGAUGCAGAUCUAAAAGAUUUGUUCCAGUUUAUGAAAGUGGUUCAGAUCUUCAUAUUCAUGGUUGGGAUUUGAGGGUGAACAAACCAAGAAGCCGUCCUGCUGCUUCACGCCACCACUGAUCAUCAUACUUCUUUCAUGUUCACCUCUGUCAGUCAAACACUUCUGUUGGAUGUUUCUGUUCUUCUGACACUGUUGUGUUGCCACUAUGAUGUGGAAAAGGACGUCUGUCAGGUCAUGUUUAAGUCUGAUCCUUGUUUCACGAAGGUCAGUAAUGAAUUUAUAUUUACUGAAGUUGACUCUUUUGUAAAAAGAACAGAAUAAAGUGUGUUUUCUCCCUUGA